AUGGAUGAAGAAUACGAUGUCGUUGUUCUUGGCACUGGCCUCACGGAAUGUAUCCUCUCGGGUUUGUUAUCCGUCGAGGGGAAGAAAGUCCUCCACAUGGACAGAAACGAUUAUUACGGUGGAGAGUCGGCCAGUCUGAAUCUAACACAGUUCUACCGUAAAUUUCGCCCGAACCAAUCUCCACCCACCGAGCUGGGCCGGGACCGCGACUAUGCAGUUGAUCUUAUCCCAAAGUUCAUCAUCGCCUCAGGUGAACUCGUAAAGAUACUCGUUCACACCGAUGUCUUGCGAUACCUUGAGUUCAAGCAGAUCGCAGGUUCAUUCGUCUAUAAGAAUGGCAAGAUCAGUAAGGUCCCGAGCACGGAAGUAGAGGCAGCGAGGAGCCCGUUGAUGGGUUUGUUUGAGAAGUAUAGAGCGAAGAAGUUCUUUGAAUUCCUGCAGGGGUGGAAGGAAGAAGAUCCGGCAACGCACCAAGGAUUGAAUCUCGACAAGGAUAGUAUGAGGAAAGUAUACCAGCACUUUGGACUAGAGCCCGGUACGCAAGACUUCAUCGGACAUGCACUGGCACUCUAUCUCGAUGAUGACUACAUCAACAAACCUGCUCGUGAGACUUACGAGCGCAUCGUCCUGUAUACCACCUCUAUGGCGCGAUGGGGCAAAUCUCCCUACAUCUACCCCCUCUAUGGGCUUGGCGAGCUUCCCCAAUCCUUCGCGCGUUUGAGUGCAAUCUAUGGCGGGACUUACAUGCUCGAUAAGCCGAUUGAUGAAAUCGUGCUCAACAAGGAUGGAUCAUUUGCGGGUGUUCGCAGUGGAGCAGAGACCGUGCGUGCCAAGAUGGUCAUUGGUGACCCGAGCUAUUUUGGCGCGGGGAAGGAGGCGGAGGGGGGCAAGCUGAGGGUGGUCGAAGACGGGAAGGUGGUGAGGGCGAUCUGUAUUUUGAAGCACCCCAUUCCUGGUACGGAGGAGAGCGAUAGCGUGCAGAUCAUUAUUCCUCAGAACCAGGUAAAUAGGAGGAAUGAUAUCUACAUCGCGAUGGUGUCCUCGACACACAAGGUUUGCGCGGAGAAUAUCUACGUUGCGAUCGUCAGCACCAUCGUCGAGACCUCCGUUCCCGAGAAUGAAAUCCAACCUGGUCUCCACCUCCUGGGCAGCAUCUAUGACAACAAGAUCAGUAUCUACAUCACACGUUCGUACGACGCGACGUCGCACUUCGAAACUGUCGUUGAAGAUGUGCAAGACGUGUUCAAACGUGUGAUGGGCAAGGAACUCGAGCUCAAGAAACGCGAAGCUGAUGCCGAGCAAUGA